GCUUAAGUAAAGUAUCUCAGAAGACAAUGCAAUAACAGACACUAAAUAUGUUUUCCUCGAUUCUAAAUUCAAACUUCUGAAACAAAACCCUAACAAGAACCACAACUCAGAUUUUAACCUCUUCCUCUUUUCCGGUGAAUUAGGGUUUUUAAGCACCUCCACAUAUAUUUUCUUACAGAAAUCCCACUGUGUUUUUUUAGGGUUAUGUAUAACGUUUCUUCAAUGGACAUCGACGCAGACAUUGCGCACUGGAUGCUGGAUUACCUGCUCAGACAACCGCUGGAGGAGUGGAAAUUGAGUGCCUUGAUCGACGCACUGCCUCUGUCUAACACAGACACGAACACUAGGUUGGAAAGGCUGAUUUUACUGAAACAAUUGGAAUAUAAAGCGGCGCGUUUUCCAGUUUCUCGAAGCACGCUUGUACUGUUCGAACAACUGGAGGAGUUGGAUUCCAGACAGGGUAACAUGAAAGUCUCGGAUGGGAUGAAGCAUGCCUAUUGUGCUGUGGCAGUGAAUUGGACGAUGGAGGGGGCAAUAUGCCAAAUCGAGUUUUUUCAUGCAGUAACGGGUCUGAUGGAGAGGAUAGAAAUGAUGGAGAAGCAUGUAGAAAGGAACGGGGCUUUGUGUUCUGAAGAGCUUUCGGAAUGGAUAAAAGACAUCAAAGCUUCCAUGUGGAAUGCCCAUCUUUUCAAGAGCAUCAUGAAGAAGGUGGAGGGUCUUGAUGUUCUUGAUGCAGUUAGGGUUUUUGUGAAGGGGGAGAGGGAGAAGAUGGGCCCUCCGUUGCUGGAGUUGGUGAAGAAACUGAAGGAUGAUGAAUAUGUUAUGGAAUUUCUACGUGGAAAAGCGAAAAUUGUCGAUCCUGAUUCUGGUGAUGAAAAUGCAAUGGGGCCAUCAUAUGAGACGAGCUGCAAAUCGCCAAUGAGCGAAGAAGUUCGUAUUGUUCGGCGAGCCCUUCAUAAGAGUUUAUUGGAUCUUGAAGCAGUCGUGAAGGAUCCCCUUCCCGAAGCAUUGAAAUAUUCUGCUGAAGUCAUGGCUAAAUUCAUGGCCCGUACUGGUGGAAGAAACAUGGCUCAAGAAGAAAACAUGAAUCAGGAUACUGUAAAAGAAAAUGCUGAAUCCAUGGCUGGUACUAGUGCGAGGGAGAUGCCCGGAAAAGAGAAUCAUCUCGAAUUGAACCAAAUUGAUGUGGUAGGUGAUGGAAAUGUUCAAGCUACUACUGGUAUUGACAAGGGCAAUGUCCGUAGACCAAGUUUGAUGGAAAGGAACAAAUCUGCUCGUACCUCUGAGUGGACUGAAUAUGAACCUGAAGAAGAGCAAGGGUCGAGGUUACCUAGCCCAAGGACGACAAAGAAUGCUCCUAACAAACCUGGAAAGGAAAAUGGAAAGGAUAGGAGAAUACGCCGGCUCUGGACUUCUGCUGAAGAGAAAGCUUUCGAGACUGCAGUAGAGAAUCUUGGAGUAGAGAAGCCUGGAAGCAUACAUUGGAGGGCUAUAGCUACCGAGUACAGUGACACAAUUCAAGAUAGAACUGCCGAGGAUUUGCGGUACAAGUGGAGAAACAUGACGAAAGCGAAAGCAAAAAGAUACGGUUGAUUUACGGUUAAUAUGGUCUUUUUUACAUGGAACAAGUAUCCAUAUGUGUCAAGCUUCGUGCCAGACGGAAAGAAGGACUUUAGAACAGGCCUUAAAAACACUCUCUGUUGAACUUAGCCCGUCGAAGAAAAAUCUCCAUCCCUGAAGUUUAGAGCAGAACACGUUCUGAUCCGUCUAGAAGGAACGUUAUCGUGAUAUUAUUACCAGGAGCCUUUCUAUUACAUUGUAUAAGCAUGUAUAACAAUUUUGGUAUAGUAGAAUUGGCAGGAGCAGAUGUAAUUGAAUAGAUAAACCAAGUUGUUGGACGAACAAGCAAAGCAAGCAGAUGGAUAGGCAUCACGACAAACCUUCAAUUUCGAGACACAAAUUAAAUCAAAGCAAGCAGAUGGAUUUUACUUGAAUCUAAUUA